AUGCUUCCCCGGCAAGGCUACGCGCCUACGCCGCACAGCUAUAUCCCCAAUACGGCGCUCUCGGCAUCAAUAAACCUAGACGAGGAGGUCACCUUGACGAGCACACGAGCAGAGCGCGACCUGCAAGAUUCCCUCGCCGAACUGUUCAGUAUUAUUGUAACUCUCGACGAGCUAGAAAAAGCCUUCAUCAAGGAUGCCGUAUCCGAAGCGGAAUACACAGAGAUAUGCGAGCGGUCGCUACGGCAGUACAAUGCGCUGCUCGCCGACGAGACCAUUGCUAGAGAGUUUGGCGGCCUGGAGGAGUUCCAAGCAAAGUGGGAUAUUGAAGCGCCGCGUGCGACGAAGCGACUCCAAGCCGGCAUGCCCUCCACCAUGACAACACCCGCCUCGUCAGCCGCCGCUGGGCCAUCCGAUCGGAAUAACACCAGCGGUGUCUUGAUUCUCGAAGCAACGCAAGACUUUAUCACAUUUCUUGACGCUGUGAAGCUCGGUCUGCUGUCCAAGGACCAGCUCCACCCUCUCUUGUCCGAUGUGAUUCAGUCGGUCAACAAGGUCACGGACAAGGACUUUGAGAACAGAGGAAAGAUUGUGCAGUGGCUCAUCACGCUCAACCAAAUGAAGGCAAGCGAGGAACUCAGCGAGCAGCAGGCCAGAGAGCUGGACAUGGAUAUCCAGCAGGCAUACCAAGGAUUUAGACGGACAUUGACAUAA